CGCAAACAACGAACCCCCCUUAGCCAUUCCCCCGCCAUCCGCCCUCAUCAUGGCCUCAAUGGGUUCCGUUCAACCCUACGGGCACCUCAUCCGGUCAGCAGCCCGGACCAACCUGACCUACGUGCCACGCCGCACGCUGACCUCGACGGGCAUUCGGUAUGCCAAAGAGGACAGCCCCAAUAAAAACAAGAAGCAGAACAACAAUGGCAAUCAGCAGCCGCAGCAAAAAUCCGACUCGAAACCCACCUCCGCCUUCACCUCGCUCAAGAACUUCUUCUUCGGCAGCGGCAGCAAGACGGAGACGGAGAAGCCUACGAUUCGGCCGACGACGGCACCACCCAAACGCGAGGGAACGCUGAGCGCGGACUCGAUCUUCGGGGAAGCGGAGACGGGACCGAAGCUGAUUCCUAAGGGGCGGACGCCGAGCAGCCGGAAGAAGGGGGACGCCGCACGGGAGCAAGGUGAGGAGGAGGAGGUGGCGCGGACGUUCGCGGUGGAGGAGCGCAACCGGGCGAUGAUGGACGCGGUGCUGGACCCGAAGCCGGGGACGCGGAUGCGGUGGGAGAGGAAGAUGGUGAUCCGGGAGGUGCGGCGACGGGGCCGUCUGACGCAGGCGGAGAAGAUCAUGCGCACGGAGCGCGAGUCGCUGAGCAAGUCGCACUUCUUCAAGACGUCGGUCAAGAAGCUGGGACCGCUGGCGCGGCAGAUCGCGGGUAAGAAUAUCGACGAGGCGAUGCUGCAGAUGCGGUUUAGCAAGAAGAAGGCCGCCAAGGAUGUGCUCGAGCACCUCGAGCACGCUAAGAACGUCGCUAUCGUCCGCUCCGGUAUGGGGCUCGGCGCUGUUCAGGGCCAGGGCGGGGAGGAAUCGUCCCCCAAGCAAAAGCAAAAGCCCGUCACCAUCACCCUCAAGGAUGGCUCCAAGAAGACCAUCGCUGAUCCCUCCGCCAUCUACAUCGAGCAGGCCUGGGUCAACCGCGGCCCCUACGGCUCCGACUACGACCACCGCGCCCGCGGUGUCAUCAACCGCCUCCGGCCCCCGCACACCGGUCUCUCCGUCGUCCUCAAGGAGGAGAAGACCCGUAUCCGUGAGUGGAAGGAGCGUGAUGCCCGUGAUCUCCGCCGCCGCAAGGCUCAGCUCUGGACUCCGCUUCCGGAUCGGCCCAUCUCCCAGCAGAACCAGUACUACUCCUGGUAGAUAUUGCACAACUUUUCGAGUCUUGUAAUGGCAACAAAAGCAAACCUGGGGUAGCUUUUUCUUUGCAUUUGUUAGUCUCUGGUUUUGUUUUUCCUCCACGGCGUUCCGUUCAUCAAACUGUAUUAUGUUUCCGUUCCCCUUUAGGAUCCUCUACUUUGAAGAAAGCAAGUACUACACUCCGGCUGAUGGGAUAUCUCCUCGCAGGCGGCGGCAGCUGCUGUCAACCUUGUUUACAACUGGGAUGGUUGGUGAUAGGGGUUUCUGAUGAUAUGUGGCAUGCAUGUGCAUGAGCAGUUUGUUUAUCUCAUGGGUUACUGUUCCUAUCUUCUGUACAAUAUUCCAAUAUAUGCGUUACUUCGACUUC